AUGGCGGCGCAGUCGAGCACGCCAGGCGCCUGCACGGCCAGCUCCCAGCGGCCAGGCGGCAGCAACACUGGGCGCAGCAGCCUCGCGAUGGUGCGCGCAGCCCCCACGGCGACGUCCUCUGUGGACUGGCCCCAGCUGAAGCCGUUUGCCGGCAUGCUGGAUGUUGCGGCAGAUACAGUCGCGCUGGGGGGGCACCGCGGCAUGGGCGCCAAUGUGUGGCACCCCUCCAGCAGCCAACCCAUGGCGGCGCCCUUCAGAGAGAACACUUUAUUGAGCUUCAAAGCAGCAUCCGAGUCCGGAGCCACCUUUCUCGAGUUUGAUGUUCAAGUCUGCGCCGACGGCGUCCCUGUGAUCUGGCAUGACAACUACGUUGUGUUCGGCGACGAGGCCAACCCCACCAGCUGCCGUAUCGCCGACCUGACGUCCCAGGCGUUCCGCCAGCUGGCGCCCAUCAAUGUCAGCCGAGCCACAGCCGCAGCAGACACCGGCGUGCUGCUGGGCGGCAGCCCCACCAGCAGCAGUGCCAGCCUGGCCAGCCUGGAGAGCUUUGCCUGCUCCACCGCCUCCAGCGCUGCCUCCGCCGCCACCUCCACCACCAGCAGUGGCACCACCCGGCUGCUGCGCAAGCACCGAAACGACACGCCCGCGGAGCCCCAUGAGCCCACGCUGCGCAGCUGGCAGUGCGAGCAGGAGGACCACUUCCCCACGCUCGCAGAGGUGUUUGCGGGCAUCCCACCCAGCGUGGCGUUUGACCUGGAGAUUAAGAUGGCGGUGCCCGAUGAUGUGGUGGUGACGCCAGCACACGAGGUAGAUCGCAUGGUCAGCGCCACGCUGGCGGCGGUGGACGCUGGGCUGGCGGCGCAUGGCCCCCGCACCAUCAUGUUUUCCAGCUUCGAUCCGGAGGUCUGCCUGGAGGUCAAGCGCAGGCGCCCUGGUGCCGUGGUCAUGUUCCUGUCGGGUGGCGGCCAGUACAGCCAUGUGGACCUGCGCCGCACCAGCAUAGCCGCCGCGGUGGCGUUUGCCUCGGGCGCUGCGCUGCAGGGCGUGAUCCUCAACACGCGGGCGCUGCAGCUUGAGGCGCACAUGGUGGAGGAGGCUCGCAGCAGGGGGCUGCGGGUCAUGACCUAUGGCCAGCCAAACGACAACCCAGAGUGGGUGCGUUAUCAGCAUUUUCUGGGAGUGCAGGGCGUGAUUGUGGAUGACGUGGCGGGCGUGGCCUCCGCGCUGGCCACCGCGCUGGGCUGA